CACAGAGACAGACACACAGAUGAAAAAUGAAAAUCUCAAAAAACUUUCUUUCUUUCUAAAGAUAUUUCUCCAAUCUCUCAAUUAUUUUACAGCUUCCUUUUUUGUUUUCCACGAAAAAGCAAAAGAAUGGGUUCUCUUCUUCCUCUUCUUGGCAUCUCAGUAGUCUCCGCCAUUUUCUUUCUGGUUCUUCAACAACCAGAACAAUCUUCUUCAGCCAUUAUACUGAGCUUGAAGAAACGCCAUGGAAGCUCCUCUGGUAGUAGUGGUAACCAGUACAGUUCAAGCAGACCAUCAGCUGGUUUCCAAGGGAACAGGAGCACGUGCUCUCUCUUCCUCGGCACGUGGGUUCGUGAUAACUCUUAUCCUCUCUAUAAACCGGCGGAUUGUCCCGGCGUCGUUGAGCCUGAGUUCGAUUGUCAGAUGUACGGUCGUCCUGACUCUGACUACCUCAAGUAUCGAUGGCAACCUCAGAAUUGCAAUUUACCCACGUUCAAUGGUGCUCAGUUUCUGUUGAAAAUGAAGGGCAAAACCAUAAUGUUUGCGGGUGAUUCAUUGGGGAAGAAUCAAUGGGAGUCUUUGAUCUGCCUUAUUGUUUCAUCUGCACCGUCCACUCGGACAGAAAUGACCAGAGGCUUGCCUCUCUCCACCUUCAGAUUCUUGGAUUAUGGGAUAACAAUGUCAUUUUACAAAGCUCCGUUCUUGGUGGACAUAGAUGCUGUUCAAGGCAAGCGUGUGUUGAAGCUGGAUGAGAUCUCUGGUAAUGCCAAUGCUUGGCAUGACGCUGAUCUCCUCAUCUUCAACACUGGUCACUGGUGGAGCCACACCGGAUCUAUGCAAGGAUGGGACUUGAUUCAAUCAGGCAAUUCUUAUUACCAAGACAUGGACCGUUUUGUGGCAAUGGAGAAAGCACUUCGUACUUGGGCGUAUUGGGUCGAAACUCACGUUGAUAGAUCCCGAACACAAGUCUUGUUCCUCUCCAUUUCUCCAACACACGACAAGUAACUCAGCCUCUCUUGUUAUAUUGGAUCAUAUUUUCUGAUGUUUUUGAAAUGAAUGUCCUGACACCAUUUGUAUACAUUUUGGGAUUGAUCAGCCCGAGUGACUGGGCGGCAUCAUCGUCUUCAGGAUCCAAGAACUGCUACGGAGAAACAGAACCGAUCACAGGAACAGCUUAUCCAGUGAGCUCCUACACAGAUCAGCUAAGAUCAGUGAUUGUUGAAGUGCUUCACGGGAUGCACAAUCCGGCGUUUCUUCUCGACAUAACACUCCUCUCUUCCCUAAGAAAAGACGGUCAUCCGUCAGUAUACAGCGGCCUCAUUAGCGGUUCACAAAGGUCUAGACCAGACCAGUCUGCAGAUUGUAGCCAUUGGUGUUUGCCUGGUUUACCUGAUACAUGGAACCAGUUGUUGUAUACGCUUCUCAUCUAUUAGCUUCUUUUUAAAUCUCUUUCCAUCAAAUUAUUCGGUUAGUAAUAUUUUAACACAUUCGAAGAGAGAAUCUUAAGAUUAAUCACGGAAUCAGUCAAUUGUAUAAACUUUUUGAGGAAAUUUUCUUUCAAAUGAAUUAUAAUUUUUAUUCCAUGC